AAGUAAACUUUUUCCCGCAAUCACUUUUUAGCUUUCUAUUUGUCUCGAUUGUUUACACUUUUCAUUUUCAGCUCUCUGUUUCUUUCUUUCACGCUAACUCACUCUUACUUUCUUACUCUCCAAGAAAGAACGAAAGAUCCCCCUUAUCUCGAGAGAAAAAGAAGAGAAACAGAACUUGCUCGGGGAAAAACUCAGAAUGGCGGGGAACGAGUGGAUAAAUGGGUAUCUGGAGGCGAUUCUUGAUAGCCAAGCUCAGGGGAUUGAAGAAACACAGCAGAAACCACAAGCGGCUUUGAAUCUGCGAGAAGCUGAUGGACAAUAUUUCAAUCCCACUAAAUACUUCGUUGAGGAAGUUGUUACUGGUGUCGAUGAAACCGAUCUUCACCGGACUUGGCUCAAAGUCGUCGCCACUCGCAAUUCUCGUGAACGCAACUCUCGAUUGGAGAAUAUGUGUUGGAGAAUCUGGCAUCUCACUCGCAAGAAGAAGCAGUUGGAAUGGGAGGAUUCGCAGCGAAUAGCGAAUAGGAGAUUGGAAAGGGAACAAGGAAGAAGAGAUGCGGCAGAAGAUUUGUCUGACGAUUUAUCAGAAGGAGAGAAAGGAGAUGGUCUUGGAGAAAUUGUGCAACCGGAGACACCUCGAAGACAACUGCAUCGCAAUUUAUCCAAUCUCGAACUCUGGUCUGAUGAUAAGAAGGAGAACCGUCUUUACAUUGUCCUUAUUAGUUUGCACGGGUUGGUUCGUGGGGAAAACAUGGAGCUUGGAAGCGAUUCGGAUACUGGUGGACAGGUGAAAUAUGUUGUGGAGCUAGCUCGAGCUUUAGCGAGAAUGCCUGGUGUGUACCGAGUUGAUCUGUUUACGCGCCAGAUAUGCUCACCUGAUGUUGAUUGGAGCUAUGCAGAGCCAACAGAGAUGCUAACCACUGCUUCUGCUGAAGAUUGUGAUGGCGAUGAAACAGGGGAAAGCAGUGGAGCUUAUAUCAUUAGAAUACCAUUUGGUCCACGUGAUAAGUACUUAAGAAAAGAGAUUCUCUGGCCUUUUAUCCAAGAAUUCGUUGAUGGAGCUUUAGCUCACAUUCUUAACAUGUCAAAAGUUUUGGGAGAACAGAUUGGCAAGGGGAAACCAGUGUGGCCAUAUGUGAUUCAUGGGCAUUACGCUGAUGCAGGGGAUACUGCUGCUCUGCUUUCUGGUGCUUUAAACGUUCCUAUGGUCUUGACGGGUCAUUCUCUAGGAAGAAACAAGCUUGAGCAGCUUUUGAAACAAGGGAGGCAAUCCAAGGAGGAUAUCAAUUCCACCUAUAAGAUCAGGAGGAGGAUUGAAGCAGAGGAGCUUUCUCUGGAUGCUGCAGAGCUUGUUAUAACUAGCACGAGGCAGGAGAUUGAUGAACAAUGGGGACUCUAUGAUGGGUUCGAUGUAAAGCUCGAGAAAGUCUUGAGAGCUCGUGCUAGGCGUGGUGUUAAUUGCCACGGAAGGUUCAUGCCAAGAAUGGCCGUCAUUCCUCCGGGAAUGGAUUUCACAAACGUUGAGGUUCAAGAAGAUACACCUGAGGGUGAAGGAGAUUUGGCUUCCUUAGUAGGAGGAGCCGAAGGAUCUUCUCCUAAAGCGGUUCCAACUAUCUGGUCUGAAGUUAUGAGAUUUUUUACAAAUCCUCACAAACCGAUGAUCUUGGCAUUAUCAAGACCAGACCCAAAGAAAAACAUAACCACUCUUUUGAAAGCUUUUGGAGAAUGUCGGCAUCUACGGGAGCUAGCUAAUCUGACUUUGAUUAUGGGAAAUCGAGAUGAUAUAGAUGAGUUGUCAUCUGGAAAUGCUAGCGUUCUAACAACCGUCUUAAAACUCAUUGACAAGUAUGACCUUUAUGGAUCUGUCGCAUAUCCAAAGCAUCAUAAACAGUCUGAUGUUCCUGAUAUAUACCGACUCGCUGCAAAUACAAAGGGUGUUUUCAUAAAUCCAGCUUUGGUUGAGCCUUUUGGCCUUACACUCAUUGAGGCUGCUGCUCAUGGACUUCCUAUGGUGGCAACCAAGAAUGGAGGACCAGUCGAUAUACAUCGGGCAUUGCACAACGGUUUGCUUGUGGAUCCACACGACCAAGAAGCAAUAGCGAAUGCGUUGCUGAAGCUGGUAUCGGAGAAGAAUUUAUGGAAUGAGUGCAGGAUUAACGGUUGGAAGAACAUUCACCUCUUCUCAUGGCCUGAGCAUUGCCGGACUUACCUGACACGUAUAGCCGCGUGCCGUAUGAGACAUCCGCAGUGGCAAACGGAUGCAGAUGAAAUGGCUGCUCAAGACGACGAAUUUUCACUCAACGACUCUCUGAAAGACGUUCAAGAUAUGUCUCUGAGACUCUCUGUGGAUGGAGAUAAACCGUCGUUGAACGGGUCUCUUGAACCGAAUUCUACUGAUCCAGUUAAACAAAUCAUGAGCCGGAUGAGGAAACCUGAAAUCAAGAGCAAACCGGAAUUACUGGGGAAGAAGCAAGCUGAUAACUUGAGUAGCAAGUAUCCGGUUUUGAGGCGGCGGGAGAAGUUGGUGGUUUUAGCGGUUGAUUGCUAUGACGAUAAGGGAGCCCCGGAUGAGAACGCUAUGGUUCCGAUGAUUCAGAAUAUCAUCAAAGCCGUGCGAUCGGAUCCACAGAUUUCUAGAAACUCUGGUUUCGCAAUUUCCACUUCGAUGCCGCUUGAUGAAUUAACUCACUUCUUGAAGUGUGCCAAGAUUCAGGUGAGCGAGUUCGACACAUUAAUAUGCAGCAGCGGUAGCGAAGUUUAUUAUCCAGGAGGGGAAGAGGGAAAGCUUCUUCCGGAUCCCGACUAUUCCUCGCAUAUCGAUUACCGAUGGGGCAUGGAAGGGCUUAAGAACACGGUGUGGAAACUGAUGAACACAACCGCGGUUGGUGGUGAAGCUAGAAACAAAGACUCUCCGAGUCUUAUUCAGGAGGAUAAGGCAUCGAGCAAUGCGCAUUGUGUUGCGUAUCAGAUCAAAGACCGUUCUAAGGUGAUGAGAGUAGAUGACUUGCGUCAGAAGUUACGACUUAGAGGCCUUCGUUGCCAUCCAAUGUAUUGUCGUAAUUCAACGAGAAUCCAGAUCGUUCCUCUUCUUGCUUCUCGAUCUCAGGCUCUCAGGUACUUGUUCGUGAGGUGGAGGCUGAACGUGGCGAACAUGUACGUCGUGGUUGGAGAACUCGGGGAUACGGACUAUGAGGAAUUGAUCUCCGGCACUCACAAGACUGUGAUCCUCAAGGGGCUCGUGACAUUGGGCUCUGAUGCUCUUCUCCGCUCAACAGACCUUCGAGACGACAUCGUUCCGUCAGAGAGUCCUUUUAUUGGUUCUAUCAAGGCUGAUUCACCGGUUAGCGAGAUAACCGACAUUUUUAAGCAGCUCUCCAAAGCCACCGCUUGAUUCACAUAACUUCCAAUUAGUGGCCGGUUCGACCAUGUAGAUUGAUUUGUUAUUUCUUUUUUCUUUCUAAAAGACACACUUUGUUAAAAUUUGGUAUUUUGAUAAUCAAAUAUUAGGAUAUAAAAUAAACAGUGAAGUCAAGGCUAUUGGUUGUGUUACUUUUGUAAAAAAAAUAGAUGCAUCACAAGAAAAAUUUGUGAAAUUUAUAAAUUAAACCUUUCGACAA